AUGUCCAAACAAGGGCCAGAGGCGGAGGUUAUGGAUAGAAAAUUACCUCUGGGGUCUCACAAUGAUCCCAAACAUCGAGGCAACAUUGUUCUUGUCCCUCAGCCCUCAGACGAUCCUGAUGACCCCUUGAACUGGUCGCAACGCAAGAAAUAUUCAAUUCUGGGUAUCCUUUGUCUGACGGCAUUCUCGGGGCUUGCUUCGUCUUUGGCAAAUCAAUUAGGUCUUGGAGCCCAGGCAGAGCUGUACGACAAGUCGCUUACUGAGCUCUCGUAUACGAUCUCUGCAGCAGUCGCAGGUAUCGCUGCCGGGCCUCUAUUCAUUGUCCCCUUGGCCCAUGUAUUUGGUCGUGCCUCCAUUAUAUUUUGGACUUUGAUAGGAUGCAUUUGCUGUGGGAUCUGGUCGGCCCUAAUGACAGGACCGAAUGACUAUGUGGCAUUUACUCUGUCACGUCUCUUCGGUGGGAUCUUUGGAUCUAUCCCUUCUAUCCUGGGACCCCAGAUGCUGAUGGAACUUUUCUUCCUUCAUGAGCGAGGAAGGGUCUUCACAACAUUCCAUAUGUGCUUCCUCAUGGGUACCGUUGCAGGCCCAACUUUUGGGGGCUUUGUCGUUCAGCAUGUUGCGUGGCCGUUCGAAUUCUGGUGGACAGUUGCACUGCAAAAUGCUGUUGCUCUUCUCGUGUUCUUCUUCCUGCCUGAAAUCGGCUUCACUCGAGAUGGAGGCAGGGUCUACCCGAAACAGCCGGAGGGUUACGUUGCAAACAGAAUCGCUACUUUCUUUCCUGGCACACGAGUUGCUCACCGUGAUGGGCUUCAGGAAGCCCCUCGAUCAGCAAUUGCGCAGUUGCUUAUUGGUGCUUCUCCGGUAGGCCUGCUGGCUGGGACAUACACCUUUGGAUUCUUCGGUUGGUUCGUCAGCGUCAAUACGCUACUUACCGUCUUCCUCCAAGAACCAACAGAAGAUGGCGGGUAUGGAUUCACACCGCAACAGAAUGCUGGAUUCUCCUUCGCUCUAUGGCUGGGUGUGAUCGUCGCUCAAAUCUGGGGAUCCAUGUUCAACGAUCGGAUCCCCUUGAUGUGCGCACGACGAGCCGGUGGAAUAUGGAAGCCUGAGUACCGUUUUCACUCCCUAUGGAUUCCUUCAGUGCUUUUCAUGCCUGUUGGUCUGGGCAUUUUCGGCUCUGCCCUUCAGUACCAUCUUCAUUACAUGGUUCUCGCCCUAGGCAGCUUCCUCAUCACGAUUGCCGCAUUCUGCAGCAUCCCCGUCGCAGUCAACUAUCUGAUGGAGUGCUUUAGGGAUCAUCCCACAGAGGUUGCGUGCAUUAUGGGCACAUAUCGACUCACCCUCGGACUGAUUGUGCCGUUCUUUGUCGACCAAUGGAUCGCCAGAGUCGGAGGACCUGGCUGGGUUUUCGGAAUGAUGGCAUUCUUCUCUCUUUUUGCAUUUUCCUUGGUGAUUAUUUUGAUGUUCUUUGGACAUUCCCUUCGCCAGAUCCACCUGGGCAGACUCUCGAAAGACGAAGAGGGAAUGAAGGUCACAGACAUGGAUUCUGACUGA